CCCCCCCCCCUCCCCAGUUGAGGCUGGGCUCCUUCCCGCGAGCUCGGCGGUGGGUGGGCGCCUUUGAUUGCCUUUCGGGUGCGGGGAGGCUUGCCGCGAGGUGAGUUUCUCGGCUCCUGAGGAGGUGGCCCGGCGGCGUUUUUUUAAAAAAUUUCCUUCUUUCCCUCUCGCUCUCCAGCCGCACCGUCCCAGCCGGCCGGACUUGCAGGCACUUCCUGCAAGUGUGGCCGGCUGGGACGUUGCGGUUAGGGAGGCUGCUUCUGGCUCCCAGCAGUGGCGAAGCGGGCGAGUUUGGGACGGAGAAAAGCCGCGGGUGGGGAAAACUCCGCAGGCGAGACUUUGGGGUUCCUCGAGAGUAAGGACGAAAGCAAAGGGAGCCGAAGCCGCCCGGUUGCCGAAGAGGGACGCGCGGCUGGCGGUGGAUCGAUCUCCAGUUCUCUCGGCUGGCUACGGCCCUCUUUUCAUGAAAUCUUUGAGUUUGCCAGUUGUUUGGAAUUAGUUACGAAAGAAGAAGAAGAAAGGAGGAGGAAGAAGAAAAAGAAAAUCUCCAAACCAACGUCAUUUUAACUCCGGGGUUUGGCUGGACUUGAAAAGAAGGGAGGAAAAAAAAUCGCGCUCCCGAGCUCGUGUAUUGUUUUCCCUCGCUCGCUUUCAUAAACUUAACUCCGAAGAACUCUGUAAUUGGAUAACAAGAGUAAUAGGAUGACAUCCCUUAUAGAUCCCAGGAUUAAACUAGCUUUGAGGAAGAAACCAUCUGAAAGAACUGAAGAGGAAUUAAAUACUAUCUAUUACUAUCUUCAUGGAAUGGAUUCAUUAUCUCAUCUCAGGGAGCAUCAGUUAAGAAUUAUGACUUCCACUGCACGUUAUAAAAGAUAUGAUGGAAAUCAAGUUUUAUUUUGCUCUGAUACUAUUGCAAGAUGCUGGUAUAUUCUGCUUUCUGGAUCUGUGCUUAUGAAGGAUUCUAUGUUUUUGCCACCCCACAGCUUUGGCAAGCAAUCUGGAGGAAAACGAGGUUGUGAAUGCAUUGUGUUGGAACCUUCAGAAAUGAUCGUGGUAGAUAAUUCAAAAGAGAAUGAAGACAAUAUCUUGCAGAGGGAAGUGCCUCUUCGACAAUCUCGCCGGAGGUUUCGGAAGAUUAAUCAGAGAGGAGAACGUCAGACCAUUACAGAUAAUGUGGAUGUUAGUAGCUACCUUUCCCUUCCAGCAGACCUUACCAAGAUGCAUCUCACAGAUAAUCAACAUCCACAGGUGACACAUGUCCCUUCAAGUCAGUCUGGCUGCAGCAUUGCCAGUGAUUCUGGGAGCAGCAGCUUAUCAGACAUCUAUCAGGCUACAGAAAGUGAAAUGGGAGAUGUAGAUUUAACUGGCCUCCCAGAAGCGCCUGUAGAUUCUGAAGAUGAUGAAGAAGAAGAUGAAGACAUUGAUAGAACAUCUGAUCCUCUGCUAGGGCGAGAUGUUGUUCGAGAGUGUCUUGAAAAAGAACCUGCUGACAAAACAGAUGAUGAUAUUGAACAAUUAUUGGAAUUUAUGCAUCAGCUUCCAGCAUUUGCAAACAUGACUAUGUCAGUAAGAAGAGAACUUUGUUCAGUCAUGAUAUUUGAAGUAGUAGAGCAAGCAGGAGCCAUCAUCCUUGAAGAUGGGCAAGAACUUGACUCUUGGUAUGUUAUUUUAAAUGGCACUGUGGAAAUUAGCUAUCCUGAUGGGAAAACAGAAAGUCUUUGUAUGGGAAAUAGUUUUGGAAUUACCCCAUCUCUGGAAAAGCAACACAUGAAUGGUGUGGUUAGGACCAAAGUAGAUGAUUGCCAGUUUGUAUGUAUAGCCCAGCAAGACUACUGGCGUAUAUUAAACCAUGUUGAAAAAAAUACACAUAAAGUGGAGGAAGAAGGAGAAAUUGUUAUGGUGAAGGAGCAUAGAGAAUUAGACCGCAGUGGAACCAGAAAAGGACACAUUGUCAUUAAGGCUACACCUGAACGCCUCAUUAUGCAUUUAAUAGAAGAGCACUCUAUUGUGGAUCCAACUUACAUUGAAGACUUUUUAUUAACAUUCAGAACAUUUUUGUCAAGCCCUCUGGAAGUUGGAGAAAAACUUUUAGAGUGGUUUCAGGUUGACAGUCUCAGGGACAAGGUUACUCGAGUUGUACUGCUAUGGGUGAAUAACCAUUUCAAUGAUUUUGAAGGAGAUCCAGCCAUGACAAGAUUUUUGGAAGAAUUUGAAAAACAUUUGGAAAAUGCGAAAAUGAAAGGACAUCUCAGGUUAUUAAACAUUGCAUGUGCCGCAAAAGCAAAGUGGAGACAAGUCACCUUGCAAAAGCCUUCUAGAGAGUCACCACUUUUCUUCAGUCUUCUUGGAGGGAGCGAAAAAGGUUUUGGUAUUUUUGUAGAGUCAGUGGACUCAGGAAGCAAAGCAGCAGAAGCUGGGCUUAAACGUGGUGAUCAGGUAAUGGAAGUAAAUGGGCAAAACUUUGAGAACAUUACAUUUUCAAAAGCUACUGAAAUCUUGAGAAACAAUACUCAUCUUUCCAUUACUGUAAAAACAAAUAUUUUUGUAUUCAAAGAACUACUUAGUAGGAUAGGACAGGAGAAGAAUGGAGUUCCACAUAUUCCCAAAAUAGCAGAAAAGAAAAAUAAUCGUUACUCCAUCCCAGAUAUUCCUGGAGAUGUGGAACAAAUGUUUCCACGUGAGAAAGCAAACAAGAAACUGAAAGCAAACACUGUGUCUGGAGGAAGAAACAGAAUUAAGAAAAUUUUAGACAAGACAAGAUUCAGUAUCUUGCCUCCAAAACUAUUCAGUGAUGGCAGUGUAAGCCAGUCACAAGAUGACAGCAUUGUGGGAACAAGACAGUGCAGACACAGUUUGGCAAUUAUGCCUAUUCCUGGCACUCUUUCAUCUAGCAGUCCUGAUCUCCUGCAACCCACAACUAGCAUGUUGGAUUUUUCGAAUCCUUCAGCAGUUGGUUUUUACUACAUUCCUGAUCAGGUUAUAAGAGUCUUCAAAGCUGAUCAACAGAGUUGUUACAUUAUCAUCAGCAAAGACACUACAGCAAAAGAAGUUGUAAGCCACGCAGUACAUGAAUUCAAUUUGACAGGAACCCCAGAGACUUAUUCUCUGUGUGAAGUUUCUGUGAGCACUGAAGGAGUCAUCAAACAGAGAAGGCUUCCCGACCAGUUCUCAAAGUUAGCAGACCGAAUUCAGCUCAAUGGGAGGUAUUAUUUGAAAAAUAAUAUGGAAACGGAGACUCUGUGUUCAGAUGAAGAUGCUCAAGAAUUGCUAAGAGAGAGCCUAAUCUCACUUUUACAGCUGAGUACUAUUGAAGUGGCUACUCAGCUUUCAAUGAGAGACUUUGAAUUGUUUCGAAACAUUGAGCCUACCGAGUAUAUUGAUGAAUUAUAUAAGCUGUAUUCUAAAACAGGAAAUACUAACCUGAAACAAUUUGAGGAUGUUAUUAAUCAAGAAACGUUUUGGGUUGCUACGGAAAUUCUAUCUGAAACAAAUCAGCUGAAAAGGAUGAAGAUUGUAAAACAUUUCAUAAAAAUCGCUCUUCAUUGCAGAGAAUGCAAGAAUUUCAACUCUAUGUUUGCUGUUAUUAGUGGUCUUAAUCUGGCACCAGUGGCUCGACUCAGAGGUACAUGGGAAAAGUUACCAAGCAAAUAUGAAAAACACCUUAGAGACCUUCAGGAUCUUUUUGAUCCAUCUAGGAACAUGGCAAAGUAUCGCAAUAUCCUUAGCAGUCAGAGCAUGCAGCCUCCAAUUAUUCCACUAUUCCCAGUGGUUAAGAAAGAUAUUACAUUUCUACAUGAAGGAAAUGAUUCAAAGGUGGAUGGUUUGGUAAAUUUUGAGAAACUGAGAAUGAUUGCUAAAGAGAUACGCCAGGUGGUCAGAAUGACUUCUGCUAAUAUGGAUCCUGCUGUGAUGUUCAGACAAAGGAAGAAGAGGUGGAGGAGUUUGGGGUCACUGAGUCAGGGUAGCACAAAUUCAAACAUGUUGGAUGUUCAAGGAGGGGCUCACAAAAAACGUGCUCGGCGCAGCUCUCUUUUAAAUGCAAAGAAGUUGUAUGAAGAUGCUCAGAUGGCAAGGAAAGUCAAACAAUACUUAUCCAACCUAAAUGUGGAAACAGAUGAAGAAAAAAUCCAGAUAAUGUCACUUCAGUGUGAGCCUACAUACAGCACUUUGACAAAAAAUUUAAGUGAAAGACGAGGUACAAAAGCAUCAGAGAUGUCUCCGAUGCCACUGAGGUCCGUUGGCCAAACCACAAAAGCCCACUUACAUCAACAAAACAGAAUGAGUCAAGUUCUUCAAGUUCCAGCAGUUAAUCUGUACCCCAUUCGGAAAAAAGGACCAGUAAAAGACCAUGUCGUUUUUAGUGCAAGUUCUCCUCAAAAGUCACUUAGUUUAUCUGAAGAACCAAGCAGUAAAAAGCACACAGAAGAUGACAUGUCUGUGGCAUCAUCGUUGCAUUCCAGCCCUCCUGCUUCCCCUCAGGAAUCUCCACGCAAAGUUAGUAACUCACAGAGGUCUGAAAACUGCCAGCUUAAUCUGUCUGGUUCGUCUUCCUCUCUUGCAAGUGAAACAAGCAACAAGAACAGUGGACAUCGCAGCUAUGGAAUAGGCUAUGCCCUGAUCCCGUCUGCCAAAUCUGAGAAUUUUUCCGAUUCCAGCCAUAGUGAGAUCUCCUCACGAUCCAGCAUUGUCAGCAACUGUUCUGCUGACUCCAUGACUGCCGCCCUUCAGGAUGAGAGAUGUCCGCCUCCGACGAUGGUGAUGGACGCAGUUGGGGCAGGGGAAAGGAGAGAGCCCUUUCAGCCACCACUUGAAUACAAUCAGUCUUGCUCUGGUUUAAGCUGGCCGUUGCCUAGACCUCCAGUGAUCCGAGGGCUGCCUGUCCCAUCUUCCAUGAGCACCGAGGAGAUGUCUCAUGAGCACCUCACAAUAGAAGCAGCAGAUAGCGGCCGUGGAAGCUGGACCUCUUGUUCGAGUAACUCUCAUGAUAAUUUUCAAAACAUACAGAACCAAAAGGGGUGGGACCUCUUAAACUCUUACCGCCAUGCUCAUUUAGAAAGGGCUAUUGCUGAAGUGGAGCCAUCCAGCUGCUGUCCUGAGGAGACUCAUUUGCAGUCACACAGCAAUUCAGACAGUAGUCGGCAACCCAAAACUGGAAUGGACUUCGACCAGUCCCGGCACAGCUGGGCUUCAUCUACUUCCCUGUCAGACAUGCACGAAACAAACUAUGGGACCAUAAAACGAAGAGGACUGGAGAGCUUAACAACAGAGCAAGCUGAAGUUUUGGACACUAAAACAGGCAGUGACGCAGCUUACAAAACUGUCACUUCAAGUACAGAACAUGGCCUCAUAGUGUACUGUGUCACCUCAUCUAAGGAAGAUACUAGAUAUAGGGAGCCACCGCCCACCCCGCCAGGAUAUAUGGGGAUUUCUUUAGCGGACAUAAAAGAAGGAUCUCACCACCCACACCUAAAGCCUCCAGACUAUAGUGUGGCGGUGCAGAGGUCAAAGAUGCUGUCUAGGCUCUCCUCCACUCCUCUGAGUAGCGAACCAGUGGCCUGUUUUCCAAAGAAGAUGCCUAAGUGGCAUGGCCGGCAACCGUCCCAUCCUAAGCUAGCAGAUAUGACUGGCGCAAAUAGUGAAGAGGAUGAAGAUGAACAAGUAUCAGCAGUCUAGUCUCUGUGCUUCCUGUGAAACUUGUUUCAAAAUUUACCAACAUUGGAGGAAGGAAUUUUACAGUAUUGUCAGCUAUAGCUGACAGCUUGCUGCUAUUGACUUCAAAGAAUUGUGUUUGCGCUCUUCAACUAGUAGGAUGAACUAUCUGGAUUGUAAUUUUGAAUUUGCUUCAGCCCACUGCAAUCAGUUUGAUGGAGUCUUCUGUUGGAAAGAGAAAAUACUCAUUCUAAGAAAUACUGACCCUGCAUUGCAGUAUCAAGAAGGACCGAACAUAUGAUGUGUCGGGGCCAGCUUGGGAGCAAACUUCUGUAAAAGAACGAUAGAAUCUUUUAAGUAGACUUUGUUCAGAUAUUUUCUUUCUAACUAUUAUGGCUCUCAAUUGAAGAAAGUUAUUUUAUGUACUUACCUGAAUUGGAAAAGCUACAUCAAAACUAAAGAAACUUCUGCAACAAUCUGAAGAGUAAUUUAUUAAUUUGGAAUUUAUAUAAGGUUCUUUUUUUUGUAAAGUAUUUGAAUGCUCUGGUUGGCUAAUGUGAAUGCUUUUUCAAAGAAAAUAAGGAAGCAAAUUGUUUCAGUGUUAGUGUGAUGUCUUAUGCUAAGCAAAACACUUGAUUUCUGAGGAACUGGAUGUUCAUGAAUGCAGCUAGAAGACAUCGGUCACGUCAAACUAAAAUAUCAAGUCUUCAGAAGUAUAUAUUGAGUGUGAUUUGAUGUGCAUACAGUAGUGAAACACUGCCAUCUACUGGUUCUAUAUUUUAAAACCAGUGAAAUUCAUGCAGUUUCUUUCAGCUGCCAAAUGAUCACUAUAAGGGAGCAGUUGCAUUUUUUUUCCUUUCCUACAUUCCAUUUUCUUCCCCCUUGUCUAUAAACAGUUUCAUAGCAUAUUUGUAUCAUUACAAAUGGUUUUUUUUUCCUUCUACAAGACUUGCGUUGAAAAAAUAUCCAACACAUUACAUUUUUUUAGAAAUUCGCUUAAAAUGUUCAAACUUGCAAAUUUAGGAGCAAAGAGAUAGAAGUAAAAAUGCUAUUAGAUGAUGGUAGUGUUAGUGAUGGUGAUGAUAGUAAAGUCUAUUUAUUUUAGACUUCCAAUUUUAUUUGAAACUCUUCCCAUUCUGUAAGAGCAGUUUGGUUGUAAGACUUUUUCCCCUUACUUAAAAAAAUGUUCAUAAAUUUUUUUUUAUGAAAUCCAAGAAGAGCUCUUGCAUUUGAAAAAAUGAUAAUUCUCAAUCCAUGACAAACACAAAAAGGCAAAUAAUUUUGUAGAUUUGAAAUGAAAGGCAUUUUUCAACAUUUUAAGCCAUUGAUGACUUUGCUACUGGCAUUUGCACUACCAUUCUUGGUGCCAAAAAUAUUGUAUAACAUUAUUCUAUAUCAUCUUUUCUCUAUCUAUUGUCCUCUCAAUAUAUUUGGGUAGAAAUUCCUUGCAUUCCAAUCAGCAAGUUAAAAAUUAUGAAAUAUGAAUAUCUAAAAUGUGAUUACAAUCUGAACAUAGAAGGGAGUGGACAACCCAUCUAAUUUAAGAAUUAUUAAUGGAAUAUAUUUUAUUAAUUAACCUUAAAUGUUUAGAAUGAGUAGCUAAGAUAUCAAAACUCUUCUUUUAUUUCCCCCAAGAGCAACCAACAGUGAGAACAUACUAAAGCUUGACAUCCAUGAUUUCAACAUUUAUCACAAUGCUAUUUCAUGGACAAUUGAGAGUUAAACUUGCCUGCACACGUCAUCUAGAAAAUCCCACGUAAUAGAUUCCCACAGAUUCAGUGACUUUAAAGUACAUUGGAGAUGAAUAAUUUUCCAGAUCCCAUGUAACAUCCCAACUAGUUGCUAUGUUGAGGAAAAUCGCUUUGGAUUAUCCUACGAACAUAUUGAAUGCUUAAAAUACAGAUGUACAAAUCUGAGAACUUGUAAAAUGAAGCAAAUAAAGUGACCACAGUCACUUACCGCUGUCACUUACGCACCCCCAGUAAGCACAUUUUUAAAAAGAAAAAGAGACAAGGCUUAGGUGUGCUUUGCUCUAAGCUUUUUUGGGUGGGUGGUGGGAUGGAGAGUGAAACUUCAGUACUUCUUAUUCUCAAGUGCCUGGUAUAAUUGCAAGAUGGAAUUUACUCUCUUAUCUCAAGUUGAUAUGCUGGAUUUUGGAAAUGUCCAACAAACGUGACUUCAAAUCACAUUUUAAAAUUCAGUGAAGCUGCAGGCAUUUCUAGUUCCACACCACAUGUCUCUGGAAGAGAUGCUGUCCUGCAGGGUGGGGUGAUUACAAAGGUGCUAUUUACAUAGAAAGAUGAAUCCCUGGCUCAUAUAUAUAAUGCACAUUUGCAUGUGUAUUAUGUAAAAUAAAAAAAAGAAAGAUUGGGAUGACAUGGCAGCUUUACUUAGCCAACCAGAGUACAUAGCAGAAACUGGAGUUAUUAUUUGUGUUUAUAUUCUUCCCCUACUGCAUAAUGGUUGCCUAGUCAAACAUAAAUCAGUGGACAUGAAUGUCUCAAUGUAUAUUUAAAGUUUACUUGUAAACCUUAAUAUCAUAAAUGUUUACAGUUUAGGGUAGAAGGAAGGAUGUCUGUCUGUCUUAAAGGUGCCUCAAAUCAAUUCUAUAUUUUACACUUCAAGUUAUAAAGAGUUUUCAGAUUUACAUUUCUGUGCAAGGUGAAUGUUGCUUUUAUGUACAAAAAUCAAACUUAUCUGUUUGCAUAUGAGAUCAGUGAUAGCUUUCCCAGAAAGCCUAGGUGAAAUAUGCUUGGAUAGUUCUAAAUUUAAUGUAGAACUCCUUCAAUGCCUUGUAACAUGAAAUUGCAAAUCUGAACAUAGAACUGAUAACCAAACUCAACAAUUAAUUGCAGAAUAUAUGUUACUACUUAAAUGUCUGGAAUAAAUAGCUGAGACAUCAGGGCUCUUUUCUCUCUCUCACCCCCCCGCCCCCCCCCCCAAAAAAACCUUAAGGAAACCAACAAUGAUAAAAUAUUGAAGCUUGGCUUCCAUAAUUUUAGCAUUCAUAAUAAUGUUAUGAAUAAUGGCACAACAGAGUUGAACUUUUCCUGCACACAAACCACACAUACUCCAUAGUAGUACAGUUCCCAUUGUUUCAUAGGUUUGUGAAAAAUGUGUUUUUUUGACGGAUUGUCUCCUAAAAACCCAUAUCAGAGAUCGGAAGGCAUUUGUAUAGCACCUGUUAAAAGUUUUUACUAGAGCUGAUGUCCAACCAAAUAGAUGUGUUGUUAUUCUGUUUAAAAGUGUUUGAUGGACAUGAAUGUCUGUGGUAUGGACAUGCUUUCUUCCAGAUAUUCCUGGGCUGUCAGAGAAGGAAAUUACCCUUGUCAAAAGUAAAGUUUUAAAUCUUGAGUUCUGAGCUCUCUGCAAGUCCAGUUCAUACAACGUUUCAUGCAGUUUAUAAGUGCAAACUUAACUUCGAACUUUCUAAAUGGUAGAGUGCUAAGGGCCAACAUUAUAGCAUUUCUCUUAAUUUCAAAUAUUUCAGUUUAUAUAUACAAAACAUUUUUUACGCCUUUUCUCUUUGGUAGUAUUUUUUGUUACCUUACCAACCCACCUCGAGGUCUUUCCUUGUUGAAAAUCUAAUGAGCCAAAAAUCGCCCGCUUAAAUUUGAUGUAUUUGUAUCAACGGCAUCAAAGAAGUUUGCUUUUUAAAUUACAUUAUUUUUAAAAUCACUGGGCGACUUUUAAUACAUUUUUAAAAAAUGCAGAGCCUGUAGAGUGUAAAUAUGCAGCGGGCCAGCCAGCCCUUUUAACUGCUUCCUCUUUGCACAGUGCAAACUGCCUCAACCUGUUGUUGCUCUGAUCCUUUAGAGUUUUGGUUUGGUUUUUGCCAGAUGAAUAGUACAGGGACAGUAGCCAAACUGAAAUGGAGCUUGGGUGAACCCAAGGAGAUAAAUUUCUUCUUCUUUUCUUUAAAGCCAUUCAUUAUAAAACUGCUUAAUCCCAUUUUGUGCUGUUUACAUAAUGCUUAUUCGUUAUAUAACAACUUAUUACUAGCAUGUGCUGCCUCCCCUCCAUACACAUAUUACGUGUCAAUUUUUUUCAAGUUCUUGAAAGGGCCAAUGCUUUUCUGUAUAUAACAUUUAUUCUUUUUAAAUUGUAUUGUGAGGAAGUUGGCCUUAUGCUAAAAACGCAAUAGGAAUGUUUAAAAAUCUCAAAGGUGGAACAAGCAUCAGUUUUUAAUUUACAUGAAUAGGAGGAAAAGGAAACCCUGUAUUGUAAUAUGUAAGUAGGCCUGUACAUAAUUUGCCAUUUGAUUGCUCUUCGAGACAGGAUCAUACUGAAGAUAAACUACGGUAAGUCGUGAAAGGAAAUGUUUUCCAAAGCAGUGGUUUGUAAGAUGCACUUCGGUUACCUUGACACAGAGUGUCAUCUAAGGUAAAUUAAAAAGGUUUUGAUUUCACUUAAAUAAGUACACGGCCAGCCUUUGUCUUCUAAAGUUAAGAGAAUUUUGCACUAAUGUUAAAAAAAAAAACUGUGUCUCCCUUCAGCUUUUGAAAACACUUCUUGAGAUAUGAUCCUGCUGCACAGCUGAGGCGAUUCCAAAUGAUGAGUAAUGGAUUUUCAAUAAGAAUCCAUUAUGUCAAUGUAUCUCAGGAGGUAAAUGAAAGAAGCUUUGAUCUGUUCAGCCUUGCAUUUAUACAAAUAAUGUAUAGGAAAGAGUGCUACUACAGGUUCACGUAAUGCAUAUUACCCAAUAUGCAAUUUUAAAAACAUUGCACUUGCCUUCCAAAAACUGAUCAGGAAAAAAAAAACCUACUUCGUUGAUUGAAAUGUUUAAUGCCAACAAUUAAAACUCUUGAGUAGCAAAUGAAUUUCACCUCCAGUUCAUUCCUUUCCCUUUUCCUCCCGUAGUACUUGUCAUUGUUGUGUCUUUAAUUUCUUUAUAUAUACAUGGAAUGCAGUUUAGCUUGGUAUUCAUGACAUUUUGCGUAUGUGAGCAUAUGGGCAAAAACUGCACAGUUGUAAUGGUAUUCCAAUGGCAAUUGUAAAACUGCACAAAUCAGUGAUUGUAAAGUAUUCUGUAACAAGCAAUGUUUGUCUUCUAUUUUUUUAUACCUCUUACACUUAUGUCUUUUAGAAAGACAGUGCCUCUGUAUGCUUUUUUGUAUUUUUACUGGGUGAUUGUAAAUAUUUGUUAUAUUUUUGGUUAAGAGAAUGUUUAAAAGUAUUGUUUAAUAUCCAAUCUACUAAUGAUGUUGGAACCAAUAAACAAACUUAUCAUGGA